AUGUAUUUAACUUAUGUCAAAGAUCCUGAACUUAAUCAAGUUUCUAAUAAACAUGAUCUUGCAAAUGUGAUCAUGAUGCUAAGUAUGAGACCAGAUAAAAUUGAUUGGAUAUCGAAGGCAAAAGAGAGAAACAAAGAAAACUUUGAACUCUGCGUGAUGCACGGUGGCCCUAAUUCAACUCCUCAACGUCUUGACCUUCUCGCAAGAAUCACGCUGAGGUAUAUAAAUAGAUUAUUUGAUGCGGGAAGGAAUCAUGCUAUGGGCGAUACUGAUAUAAAAGAUUGGAGUCGAGCCCAAUGUCCUAAACUGCAGAAUUAUUCCAGACUAGAAUAG